AUGUUCUGGAAGUUUGACUUGAGCACCACGUCGCACGUUGACAAGCUGCUGGAUAAGGAGGGCGUGACACUGCGGGAGCUGAUGGAUGGAGAAGACAUCCUGCAGGAGUGCAAGGCCCAGAACCGGAAACUGCUGGACUUCCUGUGCCGGCGGCAGAGCAUGGAGGAGCUGGUGGGCCUUGUGACUCAGGACCCGGCCCUGGACCUGGAGGAGAGGGCCCGCUUCAAAUACCCGAAUACAGCCUGCGAGCUACUGACGUGCGACGUGCCACAGAUCAACGACAGGCUGGGAGGGGAUGAGACUUUGCUGAACGUUCUUUACAACUUCCUAGACCGUGAGCCGCCCCUCAAUCCUCUGCUCGCCAGUUUCUUCAGCAAGACCAUUGGCAAUCUCAUUGCAAGAAAAACUGAACAGGUGAUUGCGUUCCUGAGGAAGAAGGACACGUUCAUCAGCCUGGUGCUGCAGCACAUCGGCACGUCGGCCCUCAUGGACCUGCUGCUGCGCCUGGUCAGCUGCGUGGAGCCUGCUGGGCUCAGGCAGGAGGUCCUGCACUGGCUUAAUGAAGAGAGGACCAUCCAGAGACUCGUGGAGCUGAUCCAUCCAAGUCAGGAUGAAGACAGGCAGUCCAAUGCUUCGCAGACGCUCUGUGACAUCAUCCGGCUGGGCAGGGAGCAGGGCGGCCAGCUGCUGGAGGCUCCGCAGCCAGACCCCCUCCUCAUGGUGCUGGAGUCGCAGGAGUGCGUGGAGCAGCUGCUGAGGAACAUGUUUGAUGGAGUGCAGACCGAGCUCUGCCUCGUCAGCGGGACACAGGUGCUACUUACCUUGCUGGAACCCAGGCGGGCAGGGUCAGAGGGCUUGCUGGACUCCUGCCCUCGGGACGGGCCGUGCACCGCCAGCCCCGGCGUCCUGCGCGGCCUGGAGCCCCGGCUGAGGGACUUCCACCAGCUGCUGCUCAGCCCGCCCAAGAAAGCAGCCAUCCUGACCACCGUCGGCGUGCUGGAGGAGCCCCUGGGCAACGCGCGCCUGCACAGCGCCCGCCUCGUGGCCGCCCUGCUGCACACCGGCACUCCCAGCGUCAACCAGGAGCUCUGCCGGCUCAACACCAUGGGGCUGCUGCUGGACCUGUUUUUUAAGUACACCUGGAAUAACUUCCUGCACCUCCAAGUGGAGCUCUGCAUAGCCGCCAUCCUGUCCCACGCUGCCCGGGAGGACAGGGCCGCAGCCAGUGGACCUGAGGGUGGGCUGGAGCCUCCACCCUCCAGCGGGGACCCAGCAACCCCCCAGCCUGCCAGCAGCCGCCCCGAGAGCACCAUGGUGGCCCACCUGUUCCAGAAGUGUUGCCUGGUCCAGAGGAUCCUGGAGGCCUGGGAAGCCAACGACCAUACUCAGGCAGCAGGCGGCAUGAGGCGCGGGAACAUGGGCCACCUCACCCGGAUCGCCAACGCAGUGGUGCAGAACCUGGAGGGGGGCCCCCUGCAGAGCCAGGUCAGCGAGGUCUUCCGAGGGCUCCCGGGGGACUGCCGUGGGCGCUGGGAGAGCUUCGUGGAGGAGACGCUGUCGGAGGCCAACCGCAGGAACGCGGUGGACCUGGUAAGCACACACCACCUUCACCCCUCGAGUGAGGACGAGGACAUGGAGGGCGUUUUCCCCAACGAGCUGUCCCUGCAGCAGGCCUUCUCUGAGUACCAGGUCCAGCAGAUGACGGCCACCUUCGUGGACCAGUUUGGCUUCAGUGACGAGGAGUUUGCUGAGCAGGAUGACAGUGUCAACGCCCCAUUUGACAGGAUCGCAGAGAUCAGCUUCAGCGUCGACGCCGAUGACGACAGCCCUGGUGCGGUGCUGUUUGAGGCCUGCUGCAGCGACCACAUCCAGCCCUUCGACGAGGACGACGACCUCUGGGAGGACGAGGAGACACACCGUACGGCCCGCGUGACCAGAGCCAGGUUCGGGGGCCCCCACACCUCAGAGCGCUGCCGGAAGGACGGCCCGGAGCGCCGAGGCCAGGGUGCGGGCGAGGGUGCGGACGCAGCCCCGGCAGGCUCCCCGCGAGCUGCCAGCCGGCAGGAAGGCCCCUGCAUCGAGGGCGGCUCAGAAGCAGGUUCCCCGUGGGCCGUGUUUGAUGGGCCACUGACUUCCAUGGCCACAGACCCGGCCCCAGCAGUGGCGCUGGACGUGGGUUCCAGUGUGUGGGCAGCCGGCUCCCCCAGCACUUCUGCUCCGGAGGAGAAAGGCUGGGCCAAGUUCACCGACUUCCAGCCUCUCUGUUGCUCUGAGUCGGGGCCAAGGUGCAGCUCCCCGGUGGACACUGGCCGUGGCGACGCCCAGGCUGGCCUGAACCAGGGCCCAGAGAGAGCCCUUGGUGCCUGGAGCGCGUGUGUCCCCAGCAAGGCGCCCCUGGUGGCCGCCAGCAGCCGUGAGGAUGAGCAGGAGGCAGCUGCUGCCUCGGGGGCUGUUGGUGUGGGUCCCAGCCAGGCCUCCCCACUGUCGGUGUCGGGCCCCAGGACUGACUGUGCCCCCAGCUCACCGCCAGGCCUGGUGCCCCUAGACCCUGCCGAGGCGCCCGCUGCCUCCGCCAUGGCCACCCUACCCGAGGCCGCUGUGACGGCCCCCGUGGUGCCGGGCGUCAUGGCCCCCGAACCCCGGGCCGUCUCCCCCGUGCUGGCAGUGGCUGUCCCCCCAGGGCCCAUGGUGGCCGUCACCACCGCAGCCCCUGCCAGCCCAGCCGUUUCCAUGGCGGCUGCCCUGGGGACAGUGACAAGAGACAGACAGGCUGACGGGCCGCCGCCCUCAGGAGCCGCCCUCAAUGGCCCCGUGUGA